CAAAGAUGCAAGGAACUGGGUAUUACUGCCCUUCAUAUAAAGCUCCGAGCUACUGGAGGGAACAAGACUAAAACCCCUGGUCCUGGUGCCCAGUCUGCACUUAGGGCUCUUGCUCGUUCUGGCAUGAAAAUUGGUCGCAUAGAGGAUGUCACCCCAAUCCCCACUGACAGCACCCGCAGAAAGGGUGGCAGGCGUGGAAGAAGGCUGUGAUUCUUUGCUUCAUAUCUGUUCUUCAACUGCCAUCGUGAUACUGAGAUAUCUAUUAGUCUGUCCUUUUUGUGCUAGUUAAAAUGCAAAGAAUGAUAUGAUUGCACAUUUGUAGUGCUGAAUUGGUUUUGGUUGACAUUGACGUCUGAGUUUUACAUAGAACAAAAGUUGGCUAGACUAUUUGCCACCAUUUUCUAGCGCUUCUAUUUCAAUUAGUCAUUUAGUUUUUCAUACACAUCUGAGUUUACGCAUGAUCAUUGCUGCGCUUGGGCAAUCGGGGUACUUAUUAUUGUUGAUAACUUGUGUGUUUGUUUGCUUUGAUGUUUAUUGAAGGGAAAAGAUGAAAUGAUAGAAUGAAUGAUUUUGUUAUAU